AUGCUGCAGCUGCUCAUGCAGGCGCACGAAGGGCAGCUCAAGGCGGAGAAAGAGGACGCGGAGGAGGCCGAGGAUAGAACCCAGAUGACCAGUAACACACACACACACAGACAUCCCAUUCAUUUGGACAUCCCUAAACUAGAUUGUUCUCUGUUUGAUACAGAGUGUCUGCGCUUGUACCCACCUGCAAGAGACACGCAGUUGCCCGCCGGGACAAAGGCCAGGCCGUGUCAAUCCCCAUCAUGGCGACGAGAACAAGCACAACAUCAAGCCCUUCACCUACAUGCCGUUCGGCGUGGGCCCUCGUUUCUGUAUCGGUAA